AUGUCGCUUAAUCCGGUUCUAGUUAGUCAUACAUCAGAAGAAUUGUUGAUGCCCAGGUUGCGGGAAAACGAAUUGUACAUUUUAUCUAGACCUUAUGUAACUAUAAACGUAAAGACACCUAAUGAGGUGCAUAGAGGCAAAGGCCAUCUCAUAAUGACAAGCCAGAGGCUAGUUUUUAUUAAAAAAUGCGAUAGAAAUUUUCAUAACAGAUUUUCUAGUAUCAGCUUACCAUUUUUACUUAUGUCUGAACCCAUUUAUAACCAGCCUACUUUUUCAAUGAACAAUUUUCAGGCGAAAAUAUUACCAGAUACUAUUGAGGAACAUCCUUUCGCCGGAGAAGGGCAAUUCACCAUCUACUUCAACAAAGGAGGAUCCAAUUUGUUUUUGCACUAUUUCUACAUAUAUUUUGCUAGAAAUAAGAAUAAUGCUCAAAUACAAUGCACCAACCAUAAUGCUAAACAACCAAUCAGUGGAAUAACAAAAGAAAGUGCAAUUGUGGACCCUGAUGACCCUUCUAAAGUUUUUGUAAUCCAACCUGAAACAGUAUCUGUUACUUAUGAUGAUAAUAAUGAUGAUAAUAACAACCGAAUGGCUCGUGCUUAUGAUAGACACAAUCCAUGUACACUCUCGUUUUUAGGCGCUUUGAGGGCAAUUAAACGAUUUUUUUCGUAG